CUUUAAAAAAGUCUGGAGAAGUACUGGCCUAAUCCGAUGGUUCUGAAAAUGUGAACUCUAAAUCAGCUGAUCAGACUACUAAGGAUACUAUUAAACAUGCAAACUCUAGGCCCCAUUCCAGACUUCUGGAAUACAUUCGAGGCGGGGACAAGUAUGGGUGCUGUAAUGAGCACUCCAGGUGACCCCGAAGCACCCUAAGUGAGAAGCACUGGCCUAAGUGAAGGAAAACGGAGAGCAAGUCAUGGGUCAAGAGCAAGGCUAGGUAGAAAAAUUACAGGGGGAAGCAGCCGCUGUCCAACCCUCCUCCCGUGCCCGGGUCUUCUCUCCCCUCCCAGGUGCCAUGCUGCUGCUCCUGCUGGGCUUGCUAAGCCCGGCGGCCUGCUGGGCACUGGGCCCGGCUGGCCCCGGCUCUUCAGAGCUGCGCUCAGCCUUCUCGGCGGCUCGCACCACCCCGCUGGAGGGCACGUCGGAAAUGGCGGUGACCUUCGACAAGGUGUACGUGAACAUCGGCGGCGACUUCGACGCGGCCACCGGGCGCUUCCGCUGCCGCGUGCCGGGCGCCUACUUCUUCUCCUUCACGGCCGGCAAGGCCCCGCACAAGAGCCUGUCGGUGAUGCUGGUGCGCAACCGCGACGAGGUGCAGGCGCUGGCCUUCGACGAGCAGCGGCGGCCCGGCGCGCGGCGCGCGGCCAGCCAGAGCGCCAUGCUGCAGCUCGACUACGGCGACACGGUGUGGCUGCGGCUGCACGGCGCUCCGCAGUACGCGCUCGGCGCCCCCGGCGCCACCUUCAGCGGCUACCUGGUGUACGCCGACGCCGACGCCGACGCCGACGCGCCUGCGCGCGGGGCCGCGCCCCCGGAGCCGCGCUCGGCCUUCUCGGCGGCGCGCACGCGCAGCCUGGUGGGCUCGGACGCCGGCCCCGGGCCGCGCCACCGGCCGCUGGCCUUCGACACCGAGCUGGUCAACAUCGGUGGCGACUUCGACGCGGCGGCCGGCGUGUUCCGCUGCCGCCUGCCCGGCGCCUACUUCUUCUCCUUCACGCUGGGCAAGCUGCCGCGCAAGACGCUGUCGGUGAAGCUGAUGAAGAACCGCGACGAGGUGCAGGCCAUGAUUUACGACGACGGCGCCUCGAGGCGCCGCGAGAUGCAGAGCCAGAGCGUGAUGCUGGCGCUGCGGCGCGGCGACGCCGUCUGGCUGCUCAGCCACGACCAUGAUGGCUAUGGCGCCUACAGCAACCACGGCAAGUACAUCACCUUCUCGGGCUUCCUGGUGUACCCCGACCUCGCCGCCGCCGCCGCCGCGGCCGCCGGCCCGCCGGCCCUCAAGCCCCCCGAGCUCUAAGCCCCUGCUCGGAGCAACCCGGGAAGGCCGUGGGGGUGUGCAUGCCGAGCCGGGACCGCGGCCCGAACGCCCCACCGCCCGAGCAUAACAGCCUGCUCGACGCGCCUGGACUCUGCCAAUAAAGUGGGCCUGCCGCUGCCA